CAACAUCAAUUAAUGGCGGUGCUAACAUUAUAACAGCUCUAGGAACCAUUAUCAAAGACUCUGCAUUUGGUCACAAGCAAUGGAGGGUUCGAGAACAGAUUUUACAAUGGGUUGUGACGUGCACAAAAAAAAUCACGGAUUUUUCUUUACGACCAUGGGUACCAUACAUGGUGAAACUGUUAGAGGAUCCACAUGAACAUGUGAGAGAAACUGCAAAAGACACAAUAAUUUCACUGUUUAGUGGUGCCGCAUCACAUGCAAAAUCAGAUUUGAAAAGAGAACUUCAAGAGCAGUCAAUCCGCUUGGGUAUUGUCGACUAUAUUCUUACAAAGGUGUAUAGCAACCAAACAGCAACGAACGAGGAACAUCAUGACAAUCACACAGAUGCAGGAACUGAGUUGGAUGAAGAUGAUUAUGUUAAUGGUGAGGGUAAUGACGAUAAUCCAAAAUCAGCCGAUUCUUUUGCAAGACCUAAUAGUUCUACUGGUAGUGAAAUUGGUGUUUUAUAUGUGGACAGUGCCAAAGAACUAGAAAGGGAGUUUCAAAAUAUAUUAACGCCUUUUCAGGGGAAAGAAUCCGAACAAAAUUGGUUGAUUCGUGAAAGGAAUAUCAAUAGGCUGAGGGGUCUGGUCAGAGGUGAAGCCUAUGUGAACUUUAAAGAAACAUUUAUUAAUGGGCUUAAGUUGACAAUGGAUGGCAUUUUAAAAUCGCUCAAUAGUCUGCGUACAACUCUUACCCUGGCCAGUGCAGGUCUUAUAAAAGACUUGGCAGUACAUUUAGGCCCUGCGAUUGAUCCUUUUGCGGAUAAUAUUUUGGCCAAUCUUAUCAAGAUGGUAUUGUCAACAAAGAAGAUUGUUGCACGGGCUGCAUCUGUCUCAGCAAAUGCUCUUUUGCAACACGUAUCAUAUCAUAAUCGCUUGGUCACACAAUUGUGGAAUGCGAUGGACGAUAACAAUAAGCAACUAAGAGAGUAUGCAAUUGGAUUUGUAAAGACUGUCAUAAAAUCGCAUGAAAAUAAAAAGGAUGUUAUGGAACGAUCGGGGGCUGCGGAGAUGUUAGAAAAGUGUGUACGUAAAGGUUUAACUGAUGCAAACCCUAAAGUGAGAGAAACAUGUCGGGAGGUAUUUUGGGCGUUUUACGAAAUAUGGAUAGAAAGAGGCGAAAGAAUUCUAAAGAAUAUUGAACCAGCAGUAAAGAAACAAUUGGAGCGCGACAAACCAAAAACCAUAAAUUUGACAUCUCCUGUACAACCACCAACACCUACCACAUCAAGCCGAGGGCGUACCCGCUCUACAAGACCUCCGAGUAUUGCUACAUCUGAUAGUGGGAUGAGUGAUAAUUACCCUGUGCGUGUUGAAUCUGCUUCAAAGGAGGAUCAUUCAAGAUUAUCGGCAAAAACGCCAACUCCUAAAUUACGUGCGAAGUCACCUGCUCCGCAUAAGAUGACAAGGAGCAAAUCAGAUGCCUCGAAAUCUUUAAAAUCACCAUUGCUAUUACCUAAUAAAUCCACGUCGCCAAACGCAACAACUGUUCCAAAACCCCAACCUCGUAAGUUGACAGUUAUUGAGCAAUUAGAGCACAGCGAAUGGACUACACGUAUUGAAGGGAUUUUAAGUGUUGCACAAUUGGUAGUAAAAAGGACGUUGGAACCACCAUCCGGAAAGCCGGGAGCUCAUGAUUUUAAAAAGGCACUGCUUCCACCUGAUGAUGACUUGAGUCCACAUUUAGUAAAUAUAUUAAACGAUUCGAACAAUAAGGUACUUGAGACAUUUUUGGAACCAAAUGUUUUUGUAGAAGUGGCAAAAGUCGUGAAACUUGAAAUUUUAUUACCAAAAGUUCUCUUGCUUGCAAGUGAUGAAACGAGGCCUGAGCAGGCAGCAAUUGUACAAAAUUUCCUUCCUAGAAUUAAAUCUGAGCUUGGCAGUGAAAAAUCUCUAGUAGCACUUAAUAAAUGCCUUUUGAUACUAGGAGGUUCUGGAACGGCACCCAGAAAACUAGCUGCUGUUUUUGGUUUUACACCACCCCAAAAGCGUAAAGUCAUAAAUGGAAUUCUUAAUUGGUUCAAUGAAAUAAUUGAACCGAAAGUAGAUGAGGCGGAUCAAAAUGAUGGGAAAGUUAAAGGAUUCUUAGGAGAUCAGGAAAAGUAUAAGUUACUUGCUAAUCGUCUUAUUCCAAUGGUGACAAUGACCAAAGAAAAAUCGGAAAAUUUUAAGCCUCUUAGUGAUCUUUUGAUCAAUUUACAUAAGAUAAACGCAGACAUUUUUGAAGAAGUUUUAUAUACUUUUGAUAACAAGGCAAUAGAUGCAAUUGGUGAAAUAAUUGGUUGGGAGGAUGAAUUGAAGGAAGCCGAAAGUGAGGUUCUAGAAGAAGAACGACAAAAGAUACUAGAGGAACAAGAGCGACAACGAGAGAAGGAAGAAAAACAGUUGCAAGAAAUUGAAUAUGAAAAAGAAUUACAAAGACAACAUGAAAUAGAAAUCGAAAAACAACGAGAAAGGGAAUUGGCAUUGCAACGCAAACUUGAACAAGAACUCCAGCUCAAGAUAAAGCGUGAACAAGAACGCGAACUCCAGGAACAACGUGAACGUGAACUUCAAGAACAACGUGAACGUGAACUGCAAGAACAACGUGAGCGUGAACUGCAAGAACAACGUGAGCGUGAACUUCAAGAGCAACGUGAGCGUGAACUUCAAGAGCAGCGUGAACUUCAAGAUCAACGUGAACGUGAAUUACAUGAACAAGAACGUAUGCUCCGGGAACGUGAAAUGGAACGUGAGCGGGAGUUCCAGAUGAAGCGCGAACGCGAACUUCAAGAAAAACGCGAAUAUGAAAUCAGAAUGAAACGCGAGCGUGAACUUCAAGAACAACUUGAUUAUGAACGGGAACGAGAACUAAUGGAACAAAGAGAAUAUGAAAGGACCAGAAAACCAUCUCCUUUGCAUCGAGUGCAAUCAUUGUCCUUAUUGCAGUCAA